AUGUUCAUACUUAAAUUUUCAAGUACUAUUUCACACCGAAACAAUUCACGAAGUAUUAUACUUCUAAUAAUAUCUAUACUUAUAUCAAUUAUUAAUGGACUAGAAUUACGAGAAUGUAACAAAGCAUUAGGAAUGGAAAAUGGUCGUAUUAAAGAUUCACAAAUAAUUUCAUCAUCAAGUUAUGAUGAACAAAGUACUGGUCCACAAAAUUCAAGAAUACGAACUGAGACUGGUGCUGGUGCAUGGUGUCCAAUGUCUCAAAUAAAUAUGUCUUCAAAUGAAUGGAUUGAAAUUGAUUUUCCAACAAAUAUGGUUAUUACAGCCAUCGAAACACAAGGGCGUUUUGGUUCUGGAGAAGGUCAAGAAUAUACUCCAAUGUUAAAAGUUAAAUAUAAAAGAGAAGGAAUGGGACCAUGGGCAAGUUAUAAAGAUUCAUCAAACAAUGAGUUUAUCAAAGCUAACACUGAUACAAGAACAUCCGUACUUAUUCCUCUUGAUGGUUCAAUUAUUGCUUCACGUAUUCGUAUAUAUCCUUUAUCAUAUAAAAUAAGAACUGUAUGCCUUCGGUUAGAAUUACAUGGAUGUCGUUAUAAUGGUAUACUUGAUGGUUAUACAAUCACAAAUGGAGGUAUAAUUGAUGGAUUAGAAAUGAGGGAUUUUAAUUUUGAUGGAAAUACUAAUGAUACAAUAAAAAUGAAAGGAUUUGGUAAAUUAUAUGAUGGUAAAAUUGGUGAAGAUAAUUUUGAUGAUAAACCUAAUCAUUGGAUUGGAUGGAAAAAUGAAGAUGUUAAGGGAAAAGUUACAAUGAAAUUUUAUUUUAAAGAUAAACAAAAUUUAACUGGUAUUAAUUUUUAUACAAAUAAUUUUUUUAAACUUAAAUCAAUGAUAUUUAAAAAAGCUAUUAUUAAAAUUAGUUCAACUGGUGAUGAAAAAACAUUUUCUAAGAGAAGUAUUGAAUUUUCAUAUGAAACAGAUUUAAUAUAUUCAACAUCAAGAUGGGUUAGAAUUCCAAUAUCAUCAAGGAUUGCUAAAUUAAUUAAAGUUGAAUUAUAUUUACAACCAUCUGCAGAUGUUCUUCUUAUUUCUGAAGUUAAAUUUGAAACAAAUCGUAUAUUAUUUGAUACAGAUAUUGAUAAUAUUAUAUCAAAUAAUGAAAAUGAUGAUAUAAUAUCAUUAGAUGAAACAAAAAAUUCAUUAACAUUUUUUGCAAUUAAUGAAGUACCUGAUUCUGUUACAAAUUAUAUAUUAAUUGUAAUUAUAAUAUUUAUUUCUGUUUCUUUUUUAAUAUGUCUAACACUUAUAUAUGUUAUGUUCUUUUGUCGGAAGGAAACACAACAAAAAAAUACCUUAUUACCGAUAUUUAAAAGGCGUAAUGUUCAAAUGAUUAUUAAAGAUGAUAGUGAUACUAUUAAAAGAUCAUACAAAAGCGGUACAUUAAUAAAUGGUAAAAAUAUUAUUUCAGAUAAUGGUAGUGAUUAUGCAGAUCCAGAUUAUUCUGUUUGUGUUGAACAACCAUUAUUAAAUAAAAUGUAUUACUCAACAGAAGGUGGAACAUAUAAUAUUUUUAGUCAAGGUACUUUAACAAGUAAUAUAUCAAAUACAAGUUCAAUAAUUUCAUCACCAAAUACAUCCUAUAGAAAUUGUAGUAAAGAAAUUGAAGAAUUUUUAUUUAAUAUGGAUCAUAUUGUUAAAAUUAAUCCAAAUGUUUUAAUUCAUGUUGAAAAGUUAGGUGAUGGUGAAUUUGGACCAAUUGAUCUUUGUAGAUUAGAACAUAGAUUAGUUGCAUCAAAAAAAUUAAAACAAACAGCUACAAAAGAUGAAUUUAUUAAUUUUAAAAAAGAAAUUAUUGUAAUGAGUUCAUUAAAACAUCAAAAUAUUUUAGAAGUUAUUGGUAUUAGUUUUGAACAACCAAAUAAUAUUAUUUGUUGUAUAAUGGAAUAUAUGAAAAAUGGUGAUCUUUGUCAAUAUCUUCAAUCACAAAAUUAUAAUACAUUAACAACAGAAUUUUUAUUAUCAAUUGCCACACAAAUUGCUGCUGGUAUGAGUUAUUUAGAAUCACAAAAUUUUGUUCAUCGUGAUUUAGCUGCUAGAAAUUGUUUUGUUGCUGAGGAUGAUAUUGUUAAAAUUGGUAAUUUUGGUAUGGCACGUAGUUUAUAUAGUAGUGAUUAUUAUACAGUACAAGGUAAAAUGAAUGCUCCAAUACGUUGGAUGGCAUGGGAAUCACUUUUAUUAGGUAGAUUUACAACAAAAUCAGAUGUAUGGCAUUUUGGUGUUACAUUAUGGGAAAUUCUUAUGGGUGGUUAUGAUAAACCAUAUUCAAAAUUAAGUGAUGAUGAAGUUGUACAAAAUCUUGAAUAUAUAUAUAAUUCAGGAAAAUUACAUACAUAUCUACCUAGACCAAGGCAUGGAAAUUCUAUACUUUAUGAUGAAUUAAUGUUAAAAUGUUGGCAACGUGAAGAACAUAAUAGACCAACAUUUACAUCAAUUCAUUGUUUUUUACAAAAAAUGACGUGUAAUCAUGCCCGAGGAUCUCCUAAAAAUUAA